ACCCUUUCAGUUUCAAAAGGGCAGGGCUGGACUAUAUAUAAUUGUGAUAUCCAAAGACACUGCACAAAUCCAAGGAACACAGGAGGAGAAGAUUCAAGUAUGGGGCUGAUGUUGUGGCUUUUCCCUCUCUGUUUCCUCGUGAUUCCUCAUGUCCAGUCCUCUUCAAAAGAGUGGACAAUCAAUGUGCCAGAGAGGAUUCCCGUCGUGGAGGGUCACUGUGUGGUCAUUCCCUGCACCGUCACCUUCCCUUGGCACGCCAAGAAAAGAGUGGUCCCCUACAAAGUCAGAGGAUACUGGAAAAGAGGGCAAACAGUCAUCUCAACCAAUAACCGAAGACCCCCGAGAACAUCACAGGAGUACAAGGGCCGCACCCAGUUUCUGGGAGAUAUGCGCCAUCGUUGUUGCACCAUGAAGCUGCAUCGAGUCAGUCCGAGGGACACUGGCCCCUUCUACUUCAGGAUUGAAAUCCCGUGGUUCAACAGGUUCUCCUACAUCAACAAUGCAGUGACCAUUGACGUCCUACGUGACCCCCUGCCCCCUACUCUGUCUGUGAAGGGGACGGCUCAAAGGAGAGUCUACUGCUCGGCGAUUUUUUCCUGCCCGUCUUACAUCCCUCAGCUCUCCUGGAAUACGCAGGUAUGGGCCAGAACCCGAGCGAGGAAGCGGAAGUCAUGGCAGUGGGAGAUAUACUCAACCUUUACCUUUACCCCAAAAGUUGGCAUUAACACUACUUUUACAUGCAUGGUGAAGUAUCGCAAUGGGAAGAAGGCCCAGAGCUCCAUCAUCAUCACGAAGUGAGAUGAAUAUCACCUUUUGGUCUCCAGGGUAAAGUAAUUCAUGUCUGCAUAUUCUGGAUGUCUUACUCUUACUUUGUGUUGUGCAGCUGACAGGGAUAUAUUACCCUGCAGUCAAAUACCACAGAUUUACUGUGUCACUACUACUUUAUGUCUACACUCAGAGACACAAUCAGUCUGUUCAAAAACACAGAACGUUUUGAUUUCAUUCUGCAGAUGUGACUCCUUUGUCAUCUUUAAGCUUACCACAUCAUAUUUACUGUUGCUGAAGAUCAGGUAUUUGCAGCAAUGCUCUGCAGUUUGAUGCUUCUUUCAUGUAUUCCUGUUAUUAUGAAUCAUUGUGUCUGAUUAACAAUAAACGAUCUAUAUGCAACUCUA